GGACCAGAUUUCAGGUAGAACGAGGCGAGGGAGAGCAACCCCGUUUGUUACUGACCCCGAGCAAAAUCAAUGUGGCAAAUGUGGUAGACUUGGACACAACUCGCGUACUUGCCAUUGGCCGCUAAGUCAGGAUGGAGCAGUUCCACCUCCUGGAUCCAUACUACGAGGUGAAGCACCGAGGACGACUCACUGCCGAGGGGGCGGAACUACCCCCGCUUCGACCUCGAACGCAUGACAAGUUCGAGGAGAUGCGGUAUGACGACAGGUACACACCUCUGCUGCAGAGGGCUGGCCUGGAUGUCAUAUCGUAUCAGGUUCGUCGUGGGUUGCCUCCAAUUAACCCCGCGGCGAUCACAGCUUUGGUUGACAGGUGGAGGCCAGAAACUCAUAGUUUCCACCUACCUUGUGGAGAGAUGACUGUUACACUCCAGGACACUCAGAAGAUCCUGGGUUUGAGUGUUAGAGGUCGUCCAGUUAUCGGACACUGCAGGCCCGAUGGUUGGAGGGCCAGAGUUGAGGCCUUCCUUGGAAGACCACUUCCUCCGGAGGCACCGACGCAGCGCACCACUGGGGUACCAAUUGCUUGGCUUAGGCAGAGCUUUGGUAAUUGUCCGGCACAUGCGGACCAGGAGACAGUUGCCUACUACUGUAGAGCUUGGAUCUUGCACCUAUUUGGGUGUGUUCUUUUCCCUGACGCGACAGGGGACACUGCAUCGUGGAUGUACCUCCCGUGCCUCACUGACUGGGACACCACAGGUACUUACAGCUGGGCUUCGGGAGUGCUGGCUUACCUAUACCGUAGCCUUUGUGAGGCGUGUCGUCGGACCGCAAGUAGUUCUUCCGUUGGUGGUUGUGUUUACCUACUGCAGCUUUGGAUGUGGGCUCGUCUUCGAGUUGGACGGCCCAUAGUUGACGCUCCUCGGGAAUGGUUUGCAGUGGGCAACCCUCGUCACCGUCCGACGUUUGCCCAUCUUUGGGACCAGGCGAAAGUCGCCUUCAGCAGGACUUCACGUGCGUACGUACAGUAUGCCAAUGAGCUCGACACGCUUAGGCCCUCCAUGGUUAAUUGGGAGCCGUACACGGCGAAUGAUGCGCUACAUCUUGGAGUAAGCAGCAUGUGUAGCGAGGAUGAAGACUUGUACUUGAUGAUCUGCCCUCUGAUUUGCUUCUAUGCUGUUGAGUGGCACCUUCCAAAUCGAGUAGCCCGCCAAUUUGGCUUGUGCCAGCAAUGGCCUGUCCCUCCAUUUGAUACUUCCGUGGAGCUGCACAAGAUUGAUCGUCAGAAGCAAAAGAAGACAGUUGAGUUUGAAACGUUGCAUCGUCAGUACAUAGAAGUGUGGGACUAG